UGUAAUAAGCGAUUAACAAAUGAAUAUACUGAUUUUACUUAAUCCCAGUGAUCGUUUUCCAUAUAAAUACUGCAAGGUAAGAUGUAACAGCAACAGUUGUCAAACAGCAACCAUGCGUCUUUUCCUCGCUUUAUUGGCUCUGGGCUUCGCAGCCGUAGCGGCUGUCCCGGCAAACCCUCAGAGGAUCGUGGGUGGUUCUACUACCACUAUUCAGCAGUAUCCCACCAUUGUUGCUCUGCUGUUCUCCAGGAAUGGAAACACUUUCUUCCAAGCCUGCGGUGGUACCAUUCUCAAUAACAGAAAUGUCCUCACCGCUGCUCACUGCCCCAGUAACGGAGACGCAGUCAACAGAUGGCGUGUUCGAUCUGGUUCGACUUUCGCGAACAGCGGCGGUGCCGUCCACAACUUAAACAGCGUCAGGAUCCACCCUAAUUACAACAGGAGAAAUCUUGACAACGACAUUGCUAUUAUGCGCACCGCCAGCAACAUUGCCUUCAACAACGCCGCACAGCCCGCCAGAAUUGCUGGCGCCAACUACAACCUCGGUGACAACCAAGUCGUCUGGGCUGCCGGAUGGGGGGCCAUCAGGAGCGGUGGUCCUUCAUCGGAGCAGCUGCGCCACGUCCAGGUCUGGACUGUGAACCAGGCUACGUGCAGGUCUCGUUACGCCAGUAUUGGCCGCACCGUUACCGACAACAUGUUGUGCUCUGGCUGGCUCGACGUCGGCGGUCGCGACCAGUGCCAGGGUGACUCCGGCGGUCCUCUUUACCACAACGGUGUCGUCGUUGGAGUGUGCUCUUGGGGAGAGGAAUGCGCUUUGGCUCGCUUCCCUGGUGUUAACGCCCGUGUCACACGCUACACUAGCUGGAUUAGCAACAACUCUUAAAUUUUAUGAAGUGCAAUAAAAAUAUCGUCUACUAUAAAAAA